CUUUGUUCUCCGUGGUGUGUGUCGCCGCCGGACCGUCUCAGCUCACGGACUGACUUCCUGUGCGGACCGGUGUGUGCGUGUGUGUGUGUCCGAGUUGUGUUGAUUAAAAGUGUCGCUUCGUCUCAGACUCACAACCUGUCGGUGUUUCUCUGUGGAAUCGAACCCACGGCGGUCGAGUCAUGACUCACGUCUUUCGGAAGUUGCAGGCGUCUCUCAGUCGUCAGGUGUUUGUGUUAAAUCCAACUCUUCCUUUCUGCAGGAGCACACCAAGCAUCCAGCAUCCUGUCUGGUGCACAGCGUCUGCGAACGAAUAUCACAACAUGCCGACGCACGGGAUCGGGAGAUGGAAAUAUCUUUUGACAAAGAAAGUGCAAAAGAAAAAGAAAGACCGGCAUCAGAUGAAGCCGAUCGUCCCGGCGACGGACACAGCGUACGGGACGCUGGACGUGAAGGUGUCGGGUUACGACAUGACGCUGGUGGAGCGCUACACGCAGUACAUCCACCACCUCUGCAACCGGCUCAGCAUCAAAGUGUCUCUGUGCCACGCUUUGCCAACCAGGACCACAGAAGUCAUGCUGAUGCAGGAGCACGGCACCAAGAUGUUCGUCGAUGCUGUGCUGAAGACUCACGAGCGAGUCGUCCAGUUGAACAGCCUGAACACGACGUUAUGUCCGGUCUUCAUGGACGUUCUUUUAAAAAAUCAACCAGAGGGAGUUCAACUUUCUGUGCAGGAGCACACAGAGGCCGAUUUCAAAGCUCGUUUCAAGGCUCGUCCGGAGCUGCAGGAGCUCAUGAGUCACAUGAAGCAAUGAGCCGCUCGCUGUCAUCACGGAAAACCUGUUUCACCUUCUGUAUUUAUUCCCUGACGUUCCUCGAGGAGCUCUGAAAUAACUGUAAAUGAAAGAAUAUAAACAUAAACACUUGUUCUAAGAAAAAUUAAAAUGUAUUUGAACUGCA